GGUUAUCGGACCAGCUGUCAACAUGUCAACAACUGAAAGUGAGGUUAUGGGUGCAUGUUAAUGUUUUCGUGCUUCUAGAUCUGAACUCGAUUCCCUUCUACCUUCUAGAUCUGUCUGGGUUUCGAAUCGCUUUAGCUUCUAGAAAAUUCUAUAUAAUAUUCCCUGUGCUUUAUAAUAAUCUUUCACAAUGGCGGAACGACAGAGUAUUGUAAACAGUCGCGAAGCAAAGGCGUCCAAAAAACGCAUUCACAAUGUUGUCCCUCUACAAGUGCUGUUUGGUGCUUGCAAUUUUAUUUUCUCCACGGGUAAGUGGCACAAGAAUGAGCCUUGCACCGUUUUUGGAUGAUUACCGGCGGCAUACAAGAUUGUUGGACCAACAUUUUGGGCUCGAAAUCACACCAGAUGAACUGCUAGAGCCCUUGAUUCUGUCAAAUUUCUUGAGAAAUCCUGGUGGGUACCUUCGCCCUUGGAAACUAGCCACACGCAACGAUUUGGGCUCGACCAUCAAAUUCGAAGAUGACAAGUUCACUGCAAACUUGGAUGUACAACAGUUCGAACCUGGAGAAAUCACAGUGAAAUUGUCUGGAGAGCGAGAAGUCACAAUUGAAGGAAAACAUGAGGAAAAACAAGAUGAACACGGAUAUGUAUCCAGGCAUUUUGUGAGGAGAUACCGGCUUCCAAAGGAGUUUGAUACCAACCAGAUUCAAUCUAAGUUAUCUUCUGAUGGUGUGUUAACAAUAUCAGCACCUUUGAUAAAUGAGAAAGUGAAGGAGAAGACAAUUCCUAUUGAGCAGACUGGGCAGCCAGCAAGGAUAUCUGAAGAUAAGAAGACUGAAAAAAAUGAGCUGUGAAUAUUUGUAGUAUUACAUGCUUGUAUGUGAUGCAUUUUGUACUUAAUACAUUUUCCACAGUAUAAGGGUGUUUAUUUACAUUAUUUUUGAUAAAUUUGCAUUAAGUGUCUGGCUCUUGUCAGUAGCUGUUUAGCACAAAUUUUAAUUGUGAUUUUUGGGUGUCACCUGAGUGUAGUGGUUUAGUGGAGUUUAGAUGAAUUGGAUAUGAUAAAAAAAUUAGAUGCCAGUGUAAACAUGUUGCCCUUAAUCUGUUAGCUAAUGUGUAAUGAUUUUCAAUGGUUAUCAUUGCAAACAUUGAAUGUGCAGUUUUUCUCAUCAAAAUGGCUUAAGGAGAGAGUUUAGUUCAUAUUUGAGAGCAGCAAAUUGCUGGUGAGGAGAGUGGGCAGCAAAAAUAUAAUCAGAAUUAUACCUACUUUAGCGCAUAUCGCAAAUAUUUCAUUUCUUCUUUUAAAAUGAAAGAUUAAGAUGUAAUUUGUACAAAAAUAUCAUUUUUUCUUUAAGGAAC